UCUCGCUCGUGUCCAUGCCCCGAACUCAUGCCUCGCUCGACGAUCUUUCCAACGAGGUGCUGAUCCAAAUUGCUGAAUAUGCCGAUGCCGGCGCGUGGGAACGGCUUCCCUUGCGACUUAGCGUGUACGGUGUCCUGUCGCGCGUCAACCGCCGCCUGCACGACUUCGCAUUGCCGUACUUAUUUUUUCGGAUACGUAUCCCGGUCACUACCCUGAACGGAAAGUAUGCUCUAAAGCCGCGGCCUCUGGUCAAGCUCCUCAGGCUAUUGCAAGAUGACCAGGACUACGGACGGUACAUAAGGCAUCUUCAAGUUGGACGUGCGACAUACUCGUACGGAGUCGAUGCAGCUACCGACCAAUCUACAUUCAAAGCGGCCAGCCAACACGCAUGGGAGUUCCUUGACACGGACAGGCCCUCCUGGGACCUCGACAGCUUCACGUGCUUCCUAAUUGGAUGCAAUACGACCACUCUUCAUAUCCUUCGCUCCUGUCGCCACCUCACAACGCUUUCCAUGUACUGGCUUGGCCCCGACUUCCCGGAUCUCAUGCCGUUUCCCCAACUCGAGACACUACGAUUGCAAGGACCGCCCGUCAAUUUCCUCGAACGUCGCAGCAAGCUCGUGCGCCCUUGUACGUCGCUUCGUACGCUGAAUAUGCGAGGCGACGUUGGCAUCCCUGCAAACUUUACGGAGGAGCUUGCUACGCUGUUUCCCGUCCUUCAGGUUCUCGCCCUCGCCGAGGCGCCUCUCACUUCGAAGCACGUCUUGCGCAUGAUCAUAUCGCACGAAGCGCUCGAGGAGGUCUCCAUCGACUUGAAGAGUCGCUGUAUUCUGGGAAACAUACUCGAUGUCACUUCCGGCCGUGUAUGUGAAUGGCCGCUGGCCCUGAACGCCGACGAAGAUCAUCCCAGAACACCGCGGGAUUACCAAUACCUCUGGAGGAGAGUCAUGACGACCGGUUUCGCAUUCGUGCGAGAGAAGGCUUUGCCCAUCAAUGGCCUCCGACCGUACACGCCGUUCAACCUCACAUCCCUUGCCUUGAAGGUGGCCGAGGACGCAGAUAAUAUUGUUGCCGAUCCACUGUUGGCUUUAUUGGACAAACCACCCAAAAUGUCGUCCAUGCAGACUGUACGACACUUGGCACUCUCGAUCGAGCCUUCGCGCUCCUUUCGCAUGUUUCCUCGAGACGACUCCGUCAGCGACUUCAUGGAGCACCUGGGAAAGCAACUCGCGAAGUGGAAAAAUCUCGAAACCUUCACCUUCGUCUUUAGUUUCAUUCAGAGGUAUUGGAGCGCCUUGGGUUUCGACGACCCUGUCCUCGACGACGGACAGCAACCAUCCGUGGCGUUGUACGAGGAGGAAGACUUCCCGAUGACCACGCGCGGUAUUCUAGAGUUCCGCGUAGCGGAAAACAUCAACGACAUGGACGACGUAGAACAUGCUCUCGAAGAGGCCGCGGGCAUGCUUGGUCGAUCAGUCACGCUUGACGACGAGGACGUGAACCUCGACGAGCUAUGGCUGUCCCGGCGCGAGAACGAAUUCGCCUCAUGCGUGCGCAAGAUGGCCGAACGCUGCCCCAAGCUUCGCGAAUUCAACUGGUAUGCCAGAGAUCACUGGCCGGGCGUGUCGUGGGCCUGGAGGAUCCGUCGCAAGAGGGAUGGCGGGGUGCAGGCUGUGUCGGGAAAGGCAUCGCAUGAGGGUUCGUUGUGCGGAGAGGCCUUUCCAUUCCAUGUUCUCGUGGGACAGGAGCUUCAUUUCGCCAGGGCGGCUUGGCGUUGAAGGAACUGAGUUGGCCGUCUGCGACUCCGAGUCUGUAGCGACUAAGCUAGAGGGAAAACAAUUCGAAAUUACACAUGGGCGGCAC